AUGAAUUUUUCCCUGUUGCGGGAUUCUGCAGAUGUAGUGGUGGUUGCUGUGAUGGUGGGCUCUAUGGAAUUAAUGGUGUUUGCUGUGGUAGACUCAGUGGAAAUGGUGCAGGGUUCUGUGGAAGUGGCAGUGGUUGCUGUUCUGGUGGUGGAUUUUAUGGAAGUGGUUAUUGUUGCUGUGGUGGUGGGUUCAGUGGAAGCAGUGGUGAUUGCUGUUCUGCUGGGUUCUGUAGUGGUGAUAUUGUUUGCUGUGGUGGAGAGUUCUGGUAAUAUACUGACGGUUGCUAUAGAACUGGGUGCUGUGAAACUGAUGGGUGCUGACGUGAUCAUGGAGGGGGAAGGCGCCCUUUUGUGCCAGGAGGGGGAAGGCGCCCGUUUGUGCCAGGAGGGGGAAGGCGCCCGUUUGUGCCAGGGGGAGGAGGGGGAAGACGGCCUCUUGUGCCAGGAGAGUGAGGGGGAAAACGCCCUUUUGUGCCUGGAGAGGGAGGGGGAAAAUGCCCUUUUGCCCCAGGACGGGGAAGGCGCCCUUUUGUGCCAGGAGAGGGAAGGCGCCCUUUUGUGCCAGGGGGAGGAGGGGGAAGACGGCUUCUUGAGCCAGGAGGGACAGGGGGAAGACGCCUUUUAG